CCCGCCGCCGGUCCGUCCCCCGAGGGCCAUGGCCAACGUCUCCAAGAAGGUGUCGUGGUCCGGCCGCGACCGGGACGACGACGAGGCGACGCCGCUGCUGCGGAGCGCGGGGCGGCCCGAGGCGCAGGCCGGCGACGACGCGCCGCUGCUGAACGGGGCCGGGCCCGCGGCCGCGCGCCAGUUGCCCCAUUCGGCGUUUUUCCGGGCCGGACAGAUGAGCAACGUGGAGCUGGACGACGAGCUUCUGGACCCGGAGACGGACCCCCCGCCCCCCUUCCCCAAGGAGAUCCCGCACAACGAGAAGCUGCUGUCCCUCAAGUAUGAGAGCCUGGACUAUGACAACAGCGAGAACCAGCUGUUCCUGGAGGAGGAGCGGCGCAUCAACCACACGGCCUUCCGCACGGUGGAGAUCAAGCGCUGGGUCAUCUGCGCCAUGAUCGGCAUCCUCACGGGCCUCGUGGCCUGCUUCAUCGACAUCGUGGUGGAGCUCCUGGCCGGCCUCAAGUACCGCGUGGUCAAGGACCACAUCGACAGCGUCACGGACAAGGAGGGCCUGUCCUCCUCCCUGCUGCUCUGGGCCGCCCUCAACGCCGCCUUCGUGCUGGUCGGCUCCGUCAUCGUGGCCUUCGUAGAGCCGGUUGCUGCUGGCAGUGGGAUCCCCCAGAUCAAGUGCUUCCUCAAUGGGGUGAAGAUCCCCCAUGUAGUCCGGCUCAAGACCCUGGUGAUCAAGGUGUCCGGUGUGAUCCUGUCCGUGGUGGGUGGACUGGCCGUGGGAAAGGAGGGUCCGAUGAUCCACUCGGGCUCUGUCAUCGCAGCCGGGGUCUCCCAGGGGAGGUCGACGUCGCUGAAGCGCGACUUCAAGAUCUUCGAGUACUUCCGCAGAGACACGGAGAAGCGGGACUUCGUCUCAGCGGGCGCCGCGGCCGGCGUGUCUGCAGCCUUUGGCGCCCCCGUGGGCGGGGUCCUGUUCAGCCUGGAGGAAGGCGCCUCUUUCUGGAACCAGUUCCUGACCUGGAGGAUCUUCUUCGCUUCCAUGAUCUCCACCUUCACCCUCAACUUCGUCCUGAGCAUCUACCACGGGAACGCCUGGGACCUGUCCAGCCCCGGCCUCAUCAACUUCGGGAGGUUUGACUCGGAGACCAUGGUGUACACCAUCCACGAGAUCCCCAUCUUCAUCGCCAUGGGUGUGGUGGGUGGCAUCCUCGGGGCCGUGUUCAACGCCUUGAAUUACUGGCUGACCAUGUUCCGGAUCAGGUACAUCCACCGGCCCUGCCUCCAGGUGAUCGAGGCCAUGCUGGUGGCCGCCGUCACGGCCACGGUCGCCUUUGUGCUGAUCUACUCGUCGCGGGACUGCCAGCCCCUGCAGGGGAGCUCCGUGUCCUACCCGCUCCAGCUCUUCUGUGCGGACGGCGAGUACAACUCGAUGGCCGCCGCCUUCUUCAACACCCCAGAGAAGAGCGUGGUCAGCCUCUUCCACGACCCCCCAGGCUCCUACAACCCCAUGACCCUCGGCCUCUUCACGCUGGUCUACUUCUUCUUGGCUUGCUGGACAUACGGACUGACAGUGUCUGCCGGCGUCUUCAUCCCGUCCCUGCUAAUCGGCGCUGCCUGGGGCCGGCUUUUCGGCAUCUCCCUGUCCUAUGUCACUGGGGCCGCGAUCUGGGCUGACCCUGGCAAGUACGCCCUGAUGGGAGCGGCUGCCCAGCUCGGCGGGAUUGUGAGGAUGACGCUGAGCCUGACAGUCAUCAUGAUGGAGGCCACCAGCAACGUGACCUACGGCUUCCCCAUCAUGCUGGUCCUCAUGACAGCCAAGAUCGUGGGGGACGUCUUCAUAGAGGGCCUGUACGACAUGCACAUCCAGCUGCAGAGUGUGCCCUUCCUGCACUGGGAGGCCCCGGUCACCUCGCACUCGCUCACCGCCAGGGAGGUGAUGAGCACACCGGUCACCUGCCUGCGCCGGCGGGAGAAGGUGGGCGUCAUCGUGGACGUGCUGAGCGACGUGGCGUCCAACCACAACGGCUUCCCUGUGGUCGAGCCUGCGGACGACACCCAGCCGGCCAGGCUCCGGGGCCUCAUCCUGCGCUCCCAGCUCAUUGUCCUGCUGAAGCACAAGGUCUUCGUGGAGCGGUCCAGCAGAGGCCUGGUGCGGCGGCGGCUGCGGCUGAAGGACUUCCGGGACGCCUACCCGCGCUUCCCCCCGAUCCAGUCCAUCCACGUGUCGCAGGACGAGCGGGAGUGCACCAUGGACCUCUCCGAGUUCAUGAACCCCCCCUACACCGUGCCCCAGGACGCGUCUCUGCCGCGGGUGUUCAAGCUGUUCCGGGCUGGCCUGCGGCACCUGGUGGUGGUGGACAACCUC